AUGAUAGGGCGGCCUGCAUCACCUUUGAUUCUGCUGGUACUUAAGCGGGACAGCUCUAAACUCAAAGAAAGCCUGGACUUAUGGGUAACAAAUAGAGAUAAACUGGGCCGUACAGCUCUACUCUAUGCCAUAAUCACCGCAUUUAAGGAAGCCAUUUUCCAACUCCUCCCAUACGAAGCAGACAUCCGUGACCAUGAGGGCAACGGUGUGCGCGAACUAUGCGAUGAUCCAGAGAUUCUCGCCCUUCUGGAUGAGCAGGAAGCAUCACUGGAGACCUCCUUGCGCGUUCAAAUCCCGUCCCCCACGGCCAAGAGCCCUCCAUUUCGAAGUGGGAUGCCUUCAAGCAGCACGAUGUCAUCCCCUAAUUCCUCACUUCUGAUCGAAAAGUUUGAGCAAUCUGGAUACAAUUCUUCACAGUCGCAACACGCCAGGUCUCCGAGCACAGAAAUAAUACUUGACGCUAUCCAGCGGCCGGUUGGCGUCCUUCCGGCUUCUUCGCCCGUUGGCUCCAGUCAGAACGCCGCAUGUACGGCCAGAGUGCCCAGCCUUAAUCAAUCGUACAUUCUCAGAUCACUACAGCUAUGCACUAAUGCAGAGCUUUUCUUCUCCACUUCCUCGUUAACCUACUCCACAUCUGAACUCCAGCCCGACAACGUCCGGUCACUGCUUGUUGCUAUCAAGGCCUUUUACCAUCCAAACGUCUCCCCUUAUGCCAGGCUUGUGUAUCUUGAAGAGCGCAAUCGUGUCAUUUUGCUUCCAAAGGCAAUGCCAAACAUUCCAUCUCUGAUGAGCAAGCUUCAUGAACUAAAGGCACAACAGGCGAAAUUCACAGACUUUGAACUUACUUCUCUGUUUAUAACGCUGCUGUCAAUAGGUAAGGCUGUAUUUGAAACUCGCUUUGUCAGACUCUUGGACCUGUCGGCACUUAUUCACCCCUGCAACAUCGCCUACUUCGGCAACUCCUGCUUUAUGCUGCGCUUGCUUCCUCUCAAGUAUAACUUUCCGAAGGUAAUGGAAGAGCUGGGAUCUAAUUUAGUCCCUAGUGCCUCAUUUAAAGAAGGUGCCUGGAACCAGUUUUGUUUGAACCUGACCAGCUUUAUUGUAUCUUACAUGCACAUGGAUUUAACAAGUAAUUACGUUGUAGGCUUCCACAUUAGUCAUCCAGACUACCCUGCGCUGUCCAAGACGGUCUCCUCCUUACUGUACAAGGAGGUGCCUCGGGACGUGGCUCCCCGGUCCACUCGACGCUCCUCUGCAGAUGGGACUCAUAGGCGCUCAUUCUUGUUCAAGACAUCGAGUGAAGAGGAGGUUACCUCUAUGCAGUCUGAUCUUGCAAUCCAGAGUACUGCCAAAAGAGGGAGAAAUGAGUCACCAAAGCAGAAGCGCGCUCAUAGCCUAUCCCGCAUGGAAGAGAUGCCCAUUGCUCGAAGUGGAACGCCUACGCUUAAUCAAUCAUCACCCUCUUCUGCUCCCAAAGAGAUCCUUACGAUAGAUAUCAACUCGGAAGCUUUAGCUACUGACCUGAUGCUAGCUGCCAGCACAGGGGAUCUAGCUGGAGUUGUGAAAGCGAAACACCUACUACGUUUGCAGGACAGUAGCGGACAUACAGCUCUGAUGUAUGCUGCAGCUGCAGGCCACCUGAGCGUAAUCGGACUGCUUUUGGGGGACGAGUAUGACAUACUUGAUCAUAAUGGAAAUGGUCCGGAGGAAUAUGCAUCGUCUGCUACCAUCCGGCGGCGUAUCUUGGCAUAUCGAUCUACACGGCCUGGGUGA